AUGGCAGACCCAGGGAACGGUGCGGAGCGCAGCCUUCUCGCACAUAUCCUUUCUGCAUCCGCCUUUGUGGAUUGUGGAGAAGAAGAAGAAGAAGAAGGAGAAGAAGAAGAAGAAGAAGAGGGAGAAGGAGAAGAAGAAGAAGAAGAAGAAGAAGAAGAAGGAGAAGAAGAAGAAGAAGAAGAAGAAGAAGAAGAAGAAGAAGAAGAAACCCCCCCUUCCCAGAACGGUGGCAAAACUGAGCGCUCUACUACAAUAUGCCCCACUACGCCUCACACAGCCCAAGCAACCAAACCCCCCCCUCCAUCCGCAAUCCGUCAGCUGGAGCGGACGUCCCUCCAUCACGGACUGCAAUGUGAAUACCCGACGAACCGAAUCGCACCCUCAAGACUGACCGACCGAUCCAACCUCGAAGGACAUGGCAAAUGA